AGCCUCGAACAUGAACGGUAAAUGUGAGAGCGGAAGCAAACUUACGUAAAUCGCUGUAAUUCCAUUUCGAUGAAAGACUUAAAGUCAGGGACGGACACAAAUGUAGGUUAUUGACCUCCGCAACCUUUCUUUUUCUUUCUCCUUAACUGCAGCCCAGUUUUACGCGUCUUCGUUGCCCCCCAGACGCCCAGGUCUAAAAUUAUGCCUCAAGCAUCCCGUGGAAAUGCUCGUCAGCCUGACUCCAGGGAGGCCCAAAAGGCUAUCGACAAGGAGCAGAAGAGAAGCCGAGGCGCUAUGUCCUGCGCCGAGUGUAGAAGGCUCAAAUUGAAAUGCGACAAAACUGUCCCGUGCUCUUCAUGCAAACGCAGAGGCUGCCCGGCUAUCUGUCCUAAUGGCUCUCUCACGACUGGUCAGGGAACUCGGUUUGUGCUAGCAGAUACAGAAAAAUUGCAUCAAAAGAUUGCACAAAUGAGUGACAGGAUUCGUCAACUUGAAGACGCACUUGCUAUUGUGCAAACCAGUCCUAGCGAACAGCACCCUCUUCUGCAUCGAGAUCUCCUGGACAUUAAGUCAAUCAUAGAUUUGCAUGCUGCCGUGGAUGAGGAAACGGCAGGUAAAUCCAAAAAUGAAGUCGAUGAUGACUCGCAAUACAUCGAAUCUUUUGGGACGCUCGCCAUACGGGACGAUGGAGCUGCAACCUUUUAUGGCCCAUCAGCCGGAUCUGAGAGCUUGCUCAUUGGAGAGUCUGCCGUACCACCUGCAACUAAUUUUAGUCCAGGUGACAGAUCGCAGCAUAAUGAACGUCUACCUUCCGCUGUCAGGCAUCUGUCAAAGUCUUUCCCUUUGGCUCCAGUGUUUACCGACGAGGUUGAUUUUAACUACCUCAUUCAAAAUUAUCUACCUCCUUGGCAUCGUGCUCGCCACUUGAGUGAACUGUAUCUGCAGCAAGCACCGUGGUUCUUCGGAGCGGUAACAAAGCGACAACUGAUGGAGGAGAACCUUCCUUUGUGGUACGCGGAGGCGGCAGAUCUCAUCUAUCCGGGUUCUGUGGCGCCGCCGGUGACAUCGGAGAAUGAGGCAAAUGAUGCUUUGAGCAAAGGUCCUCAUGAGCUCGCGUUGAUGUUUGUGAUCUUCUGCUUCGGAGCACUGACGGACCAUAGAUUACCCCCUGCGCCAGACAACGAGGAAGCCGACAUGUAUUUCAAGCUGACGCGCGCUGCCUUAAACUUGGAGCCUGUACUUGACCGCCCACCAUCAGUGGCAACCAUUCAAACGCUGGCUUUACUCGCAAUUUAUCAAGGCCUUUGCAGCGGAGAAAACAGCAUCGAGAGCACCUGGGGAAUCUUUGGACUCGCAACGAAGUUGGCUCAGAGUAUUGGACUGCACCGUGAUUGUGCCCGCUGGCAACUACCUACGCAAGAGGUACAAAAGCGCCGUGCGCUGUUCUGGGAGCUUUUUAUCACAGAUGGGUGGCAGUCCUUAGCCACAGGUCGUCUUGCUACGUUUUAUCUGCCUUUCGUAGACUGCGAGCUGCCCAACGAUCCUGAUUCCACGGUUGAUGAAGAUGGAAGUAUUUUGCUAAGCUUCCCGGCGUGGAAGGCUCGCUUUGGUUUCCAAUGCAUAUCUACAGUCAUCCAACAUGCACAGACAGCAAAGGUGCCAAAAUAUUCUGUUAUCAUUGAACUGGAUCGCAAGAUUCGCGACAUGGAGCUCCCAAAAUAUGCUCAACGGCCUCCCAGAGAAGGCGCUGAACUUGCGGAAGCAAUGAAGCAUUACAUGCCCCGUAACUACCGGCACCUUACCCUGCUAUAUGUUCAUCGAUGCUUUUUUGCGGAAGCUGUAUCAAACAAUCCCACAAACCCCAUGAACAGCCCAUACGCACCAUCGUUCCUUGCAGGAUAUCGCAGUGCCUGUGAACUGAUUAGCGACGUCCGUACGCAGUUCGACUUGUUCCCAGCACAGAUCGCCCGCUUCUGGGUUCUAUGGACCCACGCGUUCUCCUCGUCCGUGAUGCUAUCUUCCGUCGUCACGCAUGCAUCCGGAAGCGGUUCUCGAUCCAAGAUCACCACUGCAGCCUUGACCGAACUGCGACGCGCUGUUAACCUUUUCAAGGAAGCAUCUGCUUUUGGCGGUCGAGCUGGAAAAUUCCUUCCUAUCCUUGAGAGGCUGUUACAGAAAGCUGAGCAAGCAUACAGUACUGCCACUCCUAGCGUGACUCGACGAGAUAUUUUCUCGGGCACGGGUCCAACGAAGCCCAAGGAUGAACUUUCGAUUUUCAGAGGUCAAAUAAACAAGGUUGUCACUAAGGCCCCCGUGACACCUUCUUCAGGACGAGCCAGCCAUACACCACCUGCAAGUAGCACAUCAAAUCCUAGUCAAUCUCCGCUGUUGCAGGGAGAAGCGGCUCCCCCACAGGCAUUUAGCAACAUUCACCCGUCGCUGCGCGAGCAGUGGAGCAGGUUCGAGGGCGAUCUCAAUGCUCAGCUUCAUAAUGCGCAACGAGACGCGUAUUACACCGAAGACGACGCUUUCAGUGUGCCCGCGCAUGCCGAAGAAUUACGCGGAAUGGCCACUGCGCAGGAGGGCCCAUCACAGGCGCAGUCGGUCCAGCAGCAGCAGCAUUAUCCAGUUACACAGCCGCCGCAAGGAUACCAUGAUCACUUUUCCGCCCCAUCCCAUGGUUUUUCCCAGCCGGUCGAGGCACAGACCCCCUACCAAAACGAGAGCCAGCGCAGGGAAUCUGCGUACUCGUCUGGCAGUCAAGGUCAACACUAUCAGCAUGAGCCUCAGUACGCUCAGCCGUUGCCACAAUCCCACCAUCACCAGCCUGAUCGUACACAAUACCAUCCGGACCCUCAUCAGCAACAUCCCCAACAGCAGCAGCAGCAACAACAACAACAUCACCAUCAUCCUGACCCACAGCACCAACACCAGCACCAGCAAUACUACAGCCAAGAACAGCCUGGUUUUUACACUCAUGUUCCAUAUCAGUCAUCAUCGUCCUUCAGUACUGCAGACCCGCGCGCUCCUGGUGACUACAAUGCAGAACCUUCCCAAUCAUAUUGGCAAUCUACGCAGCAGUCGUAUCAGGCGCAGGAAAGCACUGUGUAUUACCAGUCCUCACACUACGACAAUCAGUACCGAACAUCCCAGCAAUACCAAGCUCCUGCACCCGCUGCAGAAUACCCGUCGGUUACCCAGCAGCACCAUUUGCAAGAGACGUGGCAGUCAUUUAAUGUUUACGUCGGUUCGUCGCGUCCGCUGACGUAGAGCACGCUCCUGUUCCUUCGGAUCCGUAUUGGCCACGCUGUCCCAGUGCUUUCGUUUGGCUCUCAUUGCUACUUAGCAUUAUUUCCUCAUUCUGCUUAGUU